UCGGUGGCAGAGGCAAGAUCCGCACUCUGCCUGGCGCGCCCAGUUGACCACCGGGAGAGAGCGCUGUGAGGGACGCGAGUGCCAGAACGCGUUUUUGUGCUCUGACUCCACUAACUGCCCAGGCUGGACGCCGUAAGGCUCAUCAUGGCAUCCGGUCACACUGUACUGAUGCGGUUGGUAGCCUCAGCAUACUCUGUUGCUCAAAAGGCAGGUGUGAUAGUGAGACGUGUUAUUGCUGAAGGAGACCUGGGUAUCGUGGAGAAGACUAGUGCGACAGACCUGCAGACCAAAGCUGACAGGCUGGUGCAAAUGAGUAUAUGUUCUUCCCUGGCAAGAAAAUUCCCCAAACUAACAAUCAUCGGGGAAGAGGAUCUGCCCUCAGAAGAAGUCGAUCAGGAGCUGAUUGAAGAUGGCCAGUGGGAGGAGAUUCUGAAGCAGCCAUGUCCAGCACAAUACAGUGCCAUCAAAGAGGAAGACCUUGUGGUCUGGGUUGAUCCUCUAGAUGGUACCAAGGAAUACACUGAAGGUCUUCUUGAUAAUGUAACCGUUCUUAUUGGAAUUGCUUAUGAAGGAAAAGCCAUAGCAGGAGUUAUUAACCAGCCAUAUUACAACUACCAGAACAAUGAAAAGGAGAAGUUAAGGGAACCCAAGAAUGAAACAAAGGCAGGACCAGAUGCUGUGUUGGGGCGGACAAUCUGGGGAGUUUUAGGUUUAGGUGCCUUUGGGUUUCAGCUGAAAGAAGUACCUGCAGGGAAGCACAUCGUCACAACGACCCGUUCCCAUAGCAACAAGUUGGUUACGGAUUGUGUUACUGCCAUGAACCCUGACAGUGUGCUGCGUGUGGGUGGAGCAGGAAAUAAGAUUAUUCAGUUGAUCGAAGGCAAAGCAUCUGCUUAUGUAUUCGCAAGUCCUGGAUGUAAGAAGUGGGAUACUUGUGCCCCCGAAGUUAUUUUACAUGCUGUGGGAGGCAAGUUAACCGAUAUCCAUGGAAACGCCCUUCAGUAUAACAAGGAAGUGAAGCACAUGAACUCUGCGGGGGUGCUGGCCACGCUCAGGAAUUAUGACUACUAUGCAAGUCGAGUUCCAGAAUCUGUUAAAAAUGCCCUUGUUCCAUAAAGAACAACCUCACGAGGAGGAACUCAGUUCUCAAAUAAUACAUUUAUUGUGUGGAAUUAGUCUCCACCUUUAUUCAUUGCUGAUAAGCAAUUUAUAUUUAGUUAUUUAGGAGUAGAAUAUAGGUUUAAGAAACUUAUCUUGAUAAUCAUCCAGAUCAAUUUUGACAUCUGGAAAAUUUAUCGUCACUAUCAUAUGAAAUGAAAGGAAGGUUUAGUUUCAACUGACCAUCCAGGUUAGUUGUUUAAUCAACAUUCCUACAUAUAAACUAAAUUACUUUAGCACACAGAACCACAAGUUAUCUGACUAUUGUUCUUGUUUUUCACAGUAAUUUUUAAAGUUUUCCUAUUUCAGUUAUGAAUAUAGUAAAAUGUCAUGUAUGUUGAUGAAACAUUUAUGGGGAAAGUUUCUUUAUAAUAAUUUAAUUCUAGUUCAUGGUAUUCACCAGCUUUUUAUUAUUUUUUAAAUAUUUGAAAAUCAUAAAUUCUCUAUUAUGGACAUUCUUGCGGUUUCAUCACACUGUUUAACUUUUGUAGGAAGUUAUGACUUUUAUUCCUUCCAUGGGAGAUGAUAUAUGCUAUUACAGUUCUUCUGACAUUCUGCCUAUUUUAUGUCUUUGUCUAAUGUUUUAAAAUAAAUUUCUCUGCUGUUG